CGGCGGAAGUCUCGCGAUAUAUAGACACCGGCGGAGAGGAGGGAGAUCUGAGCGGCUGCUGCAGCACCGGGCUCCUCAACUGAGAAGGAGGCUGACCAUGGAAGACCUCGGGGAGAACACCACAGUCCUCUCCUCCCUGAGAUCUCUGAACAACUUCAUUUCUCAGCGAAUGGAGGGAACAUCAGGCCUGGAUGUGUCCACGUCUGCCUCAGGGUCCCUACAGAAGCAGUAUGAGUAUCACAUGCAGCUGGAGGAAAGAGCAGAGCAGAUCCGCUCAAAGUCCUACCUCAUCCAAGUGGAGCGGGAGAAGAUGCAGAUGGAGCUGAGCCACAAGAGAGCCCGAGUGGAGCUGGAGAGAGCAGCCAGCACCAAUGCCAGGAACUACGAGCGCGAGGUAGAUCGCAACCAGGAGCUCCUGGCACGCAUUCGACAGCUCCAGGAGUGUGAGGCCACAGCAGAAGAGAAGAUGCGGGAGCAGCUGGAGCGCCACAGGCUGUGCAAGCAAAACCUGGAUGCUGUCAGUCAGCAGCUGCGGGAACAGGAGGACAGCCUGGCUUCGGCCAGGGAGAUGAUUAGUUCAUUGAAGGGGCGUGUCUCGGAGCUGCAGUUGAGUGCCAUGGACCAGAAGGUACAGGUCAAGCGGCUGGAGUCUGAAAAGCAGGAGCUGAAGGAGCAGCUGGAGCUGCAGCAGCGGAAAUGGCAAGAGGCAAAUCAGAAGAUCCAGGAGCUGCAGGCCAGUCAAGAUGAGAGAGCUGAGCAUGAGCAGAAGAUUAAGGACCUGGAGCAGAAGCUGUGUCUACAAGAGCAGGAUGCAGCUGUGGUGAAGAGCAUGAAGUCUGAGCUGAUGCGGAUGCCCAGGAUGGAGCGUGAGCUGAAGAGGCUGCAUGAAGAGAACACUCAUCUAAGGGAGAUGAAGGAGACCAAUGGGCUGCUCACAGAGGAGCUGGAAGGUCUGCAGAGGAAACUGAGCCGGCAGGAGAAGAUGCAGGAGGCUCUGGUUGACCUGGAGUUGGAAAAGGAGAAGCUACUUGCAAAGCUGCAGAGCUGGGAGAACCUGGACCAGACCAUGGGCUUGAAUCUCAGGACUCCAGAGGACCUUUCUAGGUUCGUGGUUGAGCUACAGCAGCGAGAGCUCACCCUGAAGGAGAAGAAUAACAGCAUCACCAGCAGUGCCCGGGGUCUGGAGAAGGUCCAGCAGCAGCUCCAGGAUGAGGUCCGGCAGGCCAAUGCACAGCUGCUGGAGGAGCGGAAAAAGAGGGAGACACAUGAGGCACUUGCCCGAAGGCUCCAGAAGCGCAAUGCAUUGCUGACCAAGGAGAGAGAUGGCAUGCGUGCCAUCCUGGGAUCCUACGACAGUGAGCUGACCCAAACUGAGUACUCAACCCAGCUGACACAGCGCCUGUGGGAGGCCGAGGACAUGGUUCAGAAGGUACAUGCCCACAGCUCGGAGAUGGAGGCUCAGCUGUCUCAGGCCCUGGAGGAGCUUGGGGUUCAGAAGCAGAGAGCUGACACGCUGGAGAUGGAGUUGAAGAUGCUGAAGGCCCAGACAAGCUCAGCUGAAUCUAGCUUCUCAUUCUGCAAAGAGGAGGUGGAUGCACUCAGGUUGAAGGUGGAGGAGCUGGAGGGUGAGCGGAGCCGUCUGGAACAGGAAAAGCAGGUGCUGGAGAUGCAGAUGGAGAAACUAACCCUACAGGGUGACUACAACCAGAGUCGAACCAAAGUGCUACACAUGAGCCUUAACCCAAUCAGCAUGGCCAGGCAACGCCAGCAUGAGGACCAUGACCGGCUGCAGGAGGAAUGUGAGCGCUUACGGGGACUUGUGCAUGCCCUGGAGAGAGGGGGCCCCAUCCCUGCUGACCUGGAGGCUGCCUCCAGUCUGCCCUCAUCAAAGGAGGUGGCAGAGCUGCGGAAGCAGGUGGAAAGUGCUGAGCUGAAGAACCAGCGGCUGAAGGAGGUUUUCCAGACCAAGAUCCAGGAGUUCCGCAAAGUUUGCUACACGCUGACCGGCUACCAGAUUGACGUGACCACGGAGAGCCAAUACCGCCUCACCUCCCGAUACGCUGAGCACCAGACGGACUGCCUCAUCUUCAAGGACCUGCUCCCAACCACCAUCAUGUUGGAGGAAAGGAAUUGCUGUCAGAAUUUCAGGGGAUACAGAAUUUCAGGUAACUCCAGCCCUGACCUGUUGCGUGUUGCCCAUUUGUACCCCUCAGUGUCUAUCCAGGCAGACAUUCCCUGUGUUUAAGAGCUGCAUGGUAGAUAGCACAGGGAUUGCUGUAAAUGGGAUUGUAGCGUAACUUCAAGGGCCUUCCUGAAAUGUCCUUUUCUUCACUUGGACUUCUGGCCGCACUGCCCACUCACCACACAUCUGUGUCUACUGUUCUCCACACACCUUCUCUCUUCCGCUUUGCAAAUCUGCUGGAAGGUUCUGAAGGGGGAGCCAUCAGUGAGCAGCCCCAGAGGAUAGAGUCAGACCCGCCCGUGGGGCUUAUGCAGCUCAUCUGACCAGCCUGCUGCUGGGAGAACUGUCUCCUGACCGGCAGGGGACAGUUCUUUGUUAGUCAGUUGGCCCUUGCCUCCCUCUGAGCUGGGAAAUUCUGGAGGUGGAUGAUAGAGGCCGUGGCUUCUCUGGAGGACCCAGAAUGUUAGGGGAGCUGCUUGCCAGUGUGAGUGGGACAAAGGUAGGGCCUCAGACUGACAGGACACAGCCUGGACGACUGGAUACCGGUUACUGUGGCCUGAUAGCCAUACUCAAACCCGGUCCUCAGGCUGCUGGGCCCUGUCCUCAGUGGCCGUACCACACCUCUGCCUGCCCUCCACCACACCUCUGCCUGCCCUCCACCACACCUCUGCCUGCCCUCCACCACACCUCUGCCUGCCCUCCACCACACCUCUGCCUUCCCUGCUGCAACUGUCCAGUGCUCUCAGGUUCAGGCAGAAGGCUCCAACUGAAGAGUGAGCAACUAGCAUCCCACCAGAUAUUUUUCCUUCCUGGGUAAAUUUCCAGCCCACCAGGCAAUCAGCAACAGGCCACUGGUGCAGGUGACAUCAGUCUGUGAAAGUAGCUUGGUACCCUUCUUCUUAAGGGAGAUAUACUCCACCACAGCCCUCUGCACCAUGCCCUGUGACUCUUGGGGUCUAGGGCUUCCAUCUCCUCCUCCCCCAUCUUGUCACCCAGUACAGCCCUUUGUACGUGUUGUUUGGUGCCCUGACCUUAGCCAUGUGGUAGUGCCAUUGUGUGUACACUCCAGUGAAAUGGUAUCCUCUGCUCUGUUCUCCAGCACCAUCCUCAGCCAAACCCAUUUGCACCCUAAGCUCGCAGUUCUUGAGCCUUCUCUUCCCCAGCCACUGUGUGAGCAGCAAGCUCUCCCCUCUAUCACACUACUGAUAUCCUGACUAUCAGCAAAGUGUCACCCUCCUAUGGGUGUUCGGAGGCCAAGCCCCAAGGCCAGCCUCACCACCUGGACCAUCCUAGCUGAAAGCUGAAAGCUCAGCCACCAGCAAGGAUUUGGGACUCAAAGUGGGCCCUCCCGACCCCUAACAUGUCUGCCCUGCUGGGCUCUGAGGCCUCCACUGAAGGUACCUGGAUAUACUUCCAAGGUUGCAGUUUGUAGCUUCAUUAGUUCUAAAGGACAGCAGAGGUCUCUGAACCUGGGGAAGAACAGGGGCUGGGUUCCCAUGUAGGGCAGGGACACUGCAGAUGUCAGCCAGAGCCUGCCUUCCUUCCUUCCUUCCUUCCUUCCUUCCUUCCUUCCUUCCUUCCUUCCUUCCUUCCUUGGAGACCCUUCCAGUGCUGCUACAUCUGGGCCCUAGUGGCGCCCAGGCCACUACAGUCCCUGAAGAAAGCCAAGGAAUUUUAAAAACAGCUGGGUUUUGGGCUAUAGACACCCUUGCUGGCCUGAGCAAGGAUGCAGGAGACAGACAGCUCCGUCCCCAACUCUGUCAUGGUGCUUCUGGUGGCUCUGGGAAAGGCUGGUAAACCAACUCCUGUGCUGUUGCCUUCAUUUCUCAUGUCUGCCCCAGGCUGACCACAGACUUUUUAAUCCCCCUGCUUCAGUCCCUGAGUGCUUGGAUUCCAGGUGUACUCCUGUUUACUCCCUGUCAAAACAGUGAGUUAGCAAGUAUGGUGGCUCAGCCAGCCCCAGCACAGAGCAAGAGCCUGUCUCCAAAGAAAAAUGCAAAGAAGCAAUACCCUGCUGCUUCAGUACAAAUAAUGGCAUGUUUGUGCCUAAGUUUCUUUUCUGUUGUUAUAAUCAAAUACCCUUGACUUAAGGUUGAGAAUGGUUGUUACCACUCAUAGUUCAAGGGUGCAUAUAAUGAUGGGGAAGUCAAGACAGCAGCUGGUCUCAGUGCAAACCACACAGCAGGAAGCAGAGAGAGGUGAACCCCGUGCUUCUCUGUCCUUUCUCCACUUAUACAGUCCAGGAUCACAGCCAGGUGAUGGUGUCGCCCAUGGUAGGUAAGUAGGUCUUCCCACCUCUAGGCAAUCAAAAAGAUCCAACAGACAUUGGAGCCCACAGUUUUGGUUCCCUGGUGAUUCUAGACUCUGUCAGGUUGACAGCACUAACCACCUCAGUUAGUAACUGGUUCAAUAAUAUACGAAAGUUGAAAGAAUAAUUCCAGCCAAGACACAAAUGCUGGUUGGUAGGAGAAGACCCAUGUUUUGGCUUUGUACUUGGAGUAUGAUGAUCAGGGACUGCUCACAUCAUAGAGCCUGUGGUAGAAGGUGCUGAAUGGAACCUGUGAAGGGGUCUCAACAGCAAGUCUUCAGUAGUUCCAAGUGUAGAUCUCCUUAUCAAAGUAAAAGUUUGAACUAUGGCUAUAGCUCAGUGAUAGAACCCCCUGCCUAUCUUGCUGUCUUGAAUAACUCAUGGAAAGUUGGGCAAGCAGGCAGUCCCAAAGAGAUGGUAUAGCAGCUUCCCUGUUGAGGGGCUGGGCCUGGAGAACUCAGACUUCUCUGUUGUUUCCCACAACCUGCCCAGAAGUGCUGUUUGGGUUUCUGUCUGUAUUCUUAUCCUGCCCUCCUCCUCAGGAGGACAUUUCCCCCUCAGCCCCCUCCAGAUAUCUCUCUUUCUGUCUCUCUCUCUGUCUCUUCCUCUCUCUCUCUCUCUCUCUCUCUCUCUCUCUCUCUCUCUCUCUCUCUCUCUCUCUCUCUCUCUCACACACACACACACACACACACACACACACCCCAGCAGCAGCAGAUGUUACUCCAAACUCUUUGCCAAUGGAUUGUGACCCUCUCCUAACUAGUGUAAACCAAAGACAGGUGUCCAGGUGUCCAGGUGGGCCUCAAGCUUUAAUACCAGAACCCAUGCCCUGUGCUGUAUGUGAGGGCUGAGCCAUGUGACUCUUCUCAAGGUCACAGGAGCCAGUUGCAUGCCAGGUAUCACCUGGGCCCGGCGUUGGUGACAGUCAAGUGCAGCCUGCAGAGGCCUCCCUGCUCGGAGUUUUGUUCUGUGGUUUGGCAUAUAAGAUUCACCAUACUCUGUCAUUUUGAGGUCAGGCCUGUCUUUAACACUGGGUCUUUAACACUUCACGUAUAGCAGAGGAGUGAGAAGCAAGAAAGGUCCAGCCCCACAACUUCCUUUUAGCAACUCCAUCUUGAACUUUGCCCUGCCCACUGUGGUUAUCAGCAUGGGCCUGCAGGUAUCCCACCCUGCACAGAGACUGGCAGCCCAUCCAUGCAGAGGCCAAGACAAGAGCAGGACUUGGGCUCCCAGAUCCCCUCAGCAACUGUGAUCGAUGAUAGUGCUAAUUGACGAUUGUAACUCAUUACAGACUCACCGUAAUUAAAUGACCCAUCGAUGCCUGGGAGAUUAAUGGCAUGGCCAGCUUACAGCAAAGUUGCAUUUAGUCUUAACUCACAUUCCAGUGUAAAGUCUCAGGAAUGGUGGGAUCUAGAGGAGGGAACCCCGUAUCCUUUGUGACCCAGGCUUAUCCCAGAGUUGCCCAUUCCUAGUCUGGGGCUCCCUGGAAACAAGGAAGCUUAAGGCUCACCCUGCCCUCUAGAGACAAGGGGUGAAUUGGUGAGGAGCCAAAAGCAUAUGCCAGGGAACAUUGGCCUGCAUUUCCCCGGCCUCAUAUGCCUGUCAGAUUGUAUGGUGUGAACUUGCAUACACCAAGCUGAAGAGCUUUCCCUGUGCUGUGCAGCACCUGAGGUGCUCAGUCAUUCUCUCAGGGAUUUUCCACACAUGGCCACGGGGCAGCAGCAAUGGUCCCCUUGCUGGUCUGAGUGCCACUGAUUCACCGUGGUGACUCCUGGGUGUUCCAGGGCCUUCCCUGUGCAGGGUCCAGGAAGCUAAUGGUGUCUCUGUGGGGUGUGAGGCUACCACGUGUGCUAGGUGGAAACUCAGUGUGUGGAAUAUCAAAUGUGGGAAGGGACCACCACACUUCAUAUCUCCUGUGUUGCGGCUUUGCUGUGCAGCGUAUGCAGUGUACCAGAGGGUCAGUGUGCAGAAUACCAAAUGUUCUGGGGAGCCACCCCACUUACUGACUGUCUUGUGUGUCAGCAGCACUGUGCAAGGUAUCUGCUGUACCUGAGGGUCUUCUGUGUGCUGUAUCAGAUAUGUCAGGGUCACUGUGUAGGGUGUCACGUGGGCUAGGGGUCAUGAUGCAGGUUGACAGGGCACAUGGAGUUAUCCAGUGAGGUGCUGAUCCAGUAUCUGCCAGGCUGAGGGGUACUGUGUAGAAUUUGGUCUUUGGGGACAUCACUGUUUAAGUAUACCAGGGGAGUCACUAUAGAAUAGCAGAUUUUCUGGGAGCCAAUGCUGCCAACACAGUGGCCACAGCUAUCUGGGCCUUGGUAAACCUGGUGGGCAGGCCAGGGAGCCACUCUGCUCUGCAGGAAAGGACUACUUGGAACAGAUGACUGAGCUCAGUUUCCAUGUCACCUACUGUUGCCACCUCAGAAGGCAUGGGCAGUCCCCACAGAGGGCUGGCUGGUUCCCAGUCAUCGACUGGAGAGACACUGCAGUGUGAGCUCUGCCUUCCUCUCCCUCCUUAGAGUUGUGGAAAGUGCUGGUCAGUGUGCUUUUGCCAGCCUGGUGGUCAGCACUAUUGGAAGCUUUUCUGGGUAUAGCUGGAAGACACCACAGCCCUGCCAUACUGAGGCAUCACCUCUGUGUCUAUCUCUGUCCUAGGAAGAGUGCUGCCAUGUAUAGACAAGCCAGUCCUCCCUUGUGGUGGCUCUGCCCUCAGUGUCCUAAAGCAGAGGCCCAGACAUGCCCCUAGUGGCUCUUACCAUGAGUGGGUUUAUCUAUCACAUACUUGAAGUCAAGAGCAUCAGAGCUUGGGUGAUCUGACAAGGGCCACAUUGGCUCUGCACUUUGUCAGGGGAGCAGCAGGACUUGGCAGCUGGCUUUGAAAAAGCUUUGAGGGGUGCAAGCACAAAGUGUGGCCCCUGGGAAGCCUACUUGAAUCCAAUAACUCAUGGAAUACUGAGAAAGAGGUAUGCAGGGUAAGGAGCUUUUGGGCUCAGUAUGGCAUGUGUGUACACAUGACCUUCCAGGAUCCUCCCAGCUGGUACUCUUAUCUACCUGAAGCUGUGGUUUCUGCUUUCUUCCUGUAAACUUGCUUCUGUAGCCAUCUCUGAGUCCCAGCCCCUGGUUACUUCAGCAUUCAGCAGUAUAGAAACUGGCUAAGAGUAUGGGUUCUCAGAAGUCCUGGCCCUGCACAUGUGCUAUGCUGACCCCAGUCAGGCCUCAGCUGCCUCAGGUAGUACUGAAAAGGAUCUUGGUGCUGAGAUGCCAGCAGCUUGCUGUCCUGGCCAUGUUCCUCUUGCUGUGCUCCGAGUGCAUCCCAGGGUCAGGUUCAGAAGUCAUGGGAUGGCAUGGUGUGGAAGGUCCUGGAGCCUAGCAAAGCUCCGGAGCUCGGGCAGUCCAGUUGCUUUUCUGGGAUGGAGCCAUGCAAUUCAGAAUCUCCAAUUCAGGCUGCCACAAAGUGGCAUUUGGGUCUCCACCCUGCCUUCAUGUGACCUUGGGCAAAUGGUCUACUUCCUUGGGAAUGCUGUGGUGUCAGAUACACCCAUGCGUAAGUGCCUGGGCACACUUUGGUAUGAGCUGUGUGACAUGCCCUAGUUAAGGAGUCAAGGCCCAGGACAUAGCAGUGACUAAACUCAGAAGGGUGGCAGUGGAGUUCACAGCUUUCUUCCUCCAUGCUGGGAGCAGGUGUGACAGAAGCAGGAAGGACAGGCUGGAGAGUUUGCCAGAGCUCAGUGUCUCUCCUUAUUCUAGGAGGUGGGGGAGAGGCGAGCAAGGACAAUGCUUUAAUUGUGUGAUUUUGAUCUGGGCAGAGACUCUUAAAUGCUUUGUAAUCUAUUUUUAAUAAGUCAUUCAAACAAGCCCAGCUCCAGUUAACGUCCAGAGCCGAUAGCCUGCCAUGCCCGCCCCACCCAAUCCCUUUGAAGGGAGACUGCCCUUCGCUUCCCCUUCCCUCACACCCUGUCUUCAGUCUCACAGAAACCUCUGUCUAAGGAGAGAAACAAUGGACUUGUGGCCAUUUCUUUGCCUGACUUUGGGAAGAUUGGACUGGCCGAGGUGUCUAGAAUGCAAACAUGGCCCGCUGAUAGAAUUUCUAUCAAGACAUGUCUGAGAUGAGCAGGGUACACUGGCAUGGGCUGUGGCAGACCCCAAAUGUCAUCCAGUCUCAGCCCUAUUCGCUGAGUGCCUGUAUGAGAGACUAGCUGUUCACUCUCUACUGAAGGACAAAUGGACAGGCUCCCAGAGUUAUCCUGGGGGCUGCCAGGAACACAGAUGUGGCUGCUGGCCUUCUCCUCCCAUGCCCCCACUCUGUUCUAGACAGGAAGCUAUUGAGCUCUGCGACUCCAGGCACUGUGCCCUACUGACCUCUGCGACUCCAGGCACUGUGCCCUACUGACCUCUGCGACUCCAGGCACUGUGCUCUACUGACCUCUGUGACUCCAGGCACUGUGCCCUACUGACCUCUGCGACUCCAGGCACUAUGCCCUACUGACCUCUGCGACUCCAGGCACUGUGCCCUACUGACCUCUUCGACUCCAGGCACUGUGCCCUACUGACCUCUGCGACUCCAGGCACUGUGCUCUACUGACCUCUGUGACUCCAGGCACUGUGCCCUACUGACCUCUGCGACUCCAGGCACUGUGCCCAUUACUCUCCUCCUCCUCCUGGCUCUCAAUCCCAGGAAAUUCUGAGAGCCCCAUGUGGGGGCCAGCUGUAUUAUGUGUCCCUGGCCUAUAGCCUGGCUAUGCCAGUUUGUCAGAAAAGGUACCUCAGGACAUUGUUGUGGACAGCCAUCUUGCUUUCCCCUUCCCACCCUGGCUUCACUAAGACUCCUGGUUUCCCACACUUCAACUAUUGUGGUGAACCUUAGCCUCAGCCCCACUCCUCUCAUUAAUGGGCCAUAAAUGCUUCACUGCUUCCUAUUCUGUAGCCCGGAACACAGGCAACAUGGGCAGUGGCACCUCACAAAGACCAUGCUGGUUUAGCAGUUCUCUCUUCCCACAGCUUCAACUCUGUCUGGUGAAAGGAGGCCUAAGAGGGCAACAAUGAGGUUGCAUUUAGUUGAGCCACGCACACAUGCAUGGUGUCCAAUAUGGCACCAAUUCUGCAAGGUCUGGCCAUGGGGCUCCCAGCAUCUGUCAGCGUGCCCUCACUCGGCAGCUCCAGCCAUUCCUGACUAGACAGCCAUCCCUGCCUCUCCUCACCUGUUGCUUGCCCUCCUCACCAGAUGACUCCUGUGGUGCUAUCGCAUGAAGGGCCUCAGAGGAUCCCUGUUAGCCUGUGCAGUAACUCCAAUCACUUUCCACAGCAUGGUGUCUGCUGCCCUUUGCCCCUUCUCUCACUCAGUUCUCUAUUGGUGAUUGAACAAGGUACAGGCUCAACCAGCAGUGAGUGAAUCUCAGAAAAGUUCUAAAGUAUCACUCACCAGCCAACGGUAGCAGCACUUGGAAGCUGAGAAGCAGGAGGAUCACUUCAGGGACAGUCUAAGCUGUAUGAAACCCUGUUUCAAAAAGACAAGAGUUGAGGCUGGGGAGACCACCUUGUAUUUGUUGUGCAGGCAUGAAGACUAAGUUCAAUCCGCAGCCCCUAAUAAAAGCUGGGCUCUGAGGUGUUUGUGUGUAAUGAUAUCCAGAGCGGGGUGAUAGGAGUCAGAGACCAGCAGAUUCCUGUAGCUUGCUGGCUAGCCAGUCUAGCUGAACCAGUUAGCUUUGGAUUCAGUAAAAACAUCUGACAUCAAGCCCAGUAUGGGGGUGCACGCCUUUAAUUCCAUCACUCAGACAGCAUAUGGAUUUCUAUGAAUUCCAAGGCUAGCCUGGUGUAUAUAGUGAGUUCCCAGACAGCCAGGGAUACAUAGUGAGACCCUGUCUCAAACAAACAACUUAUAAGCAAAAACAACCUCCAUGCACAGAAGAAACAUAGGGCUCUGAACCUAACAGAGAUAGGGAAAAGCCAGGGCACUGUGAUAGCCUACAGGCAGGAGGACUGGCUGAGAGAAAGAGCAGUCACUCCAUAGCUCACAAUGGCCUGUCUCUGGUUCUCUACAUUCCAAGUCUCCAAGGCAGCCUGUUCUGAUUAGCUGUGCAAACUUAAUUAGUUCACAUCCAAGUUUGUGGAAGGCAUCCCUCAAGGGAGCUGUGUGAACAGCCUCUGGUUACCAAGAAGACCAGAUUCCAUGCCGAGGUGGCAGUAUUAAUAUUGAACAUAGCCUGCUCAGGCUGCCAGCCUUCCCCAGCAAAGUCUCAUCUUCCUGGUGGCUUCUUGAACAUGCCACCUUGUAAAUAAUAUUAAAGCAAUUUCUUCUGGGGUGUCAGGAAAAGAGAAGGAGUGGGUAGGGUAUCCAAAAGCACCCUGUCUAACUCUGUGAGGUGAGCACCAGCUCUAGGGACACAUCACCCUUGCCAAGAGCCCCAGAUCGAGCCAGGUCACCAGCACUGAAUGAGGCUGGCCUCACCUGCUCUUGAGCCUACAACAUGGGGUGGGCUUGGCUGGAUAAAUGCCCAUCAGGAGUUUUUCAGGUUCCCUCCAGUAUGUCUGACUGUCUAGAAAACACUUCUGCUCCUAACAGUUGCCCAGCUGCGGCUGCCAACGCAUUUUGCGGGUGUUUCAGAUUCACCCUUUAGAGACUCUCUCAGCAGGGGUUGGGGUGCUCAAAAGCUAGAAGCAAUUUGGAUAAUGACACAUCCUGUUCCAGAGCUUCCCCAAUCAAAGGGAAUGGCCAGGCCUUUGAUCUUCAGUUCCCUGGAGUACUGAAAAGAUAGACAGUCACCCCCUCUGCUGUGCCCCCAGGCCCUACCCAGAACAGGGCCCUAGCCUGACCUCCUGGGUAUUGACCUAACUCUGGGGGAGACUGUACCCCCUACUCAGAAGAGUGAUUCCUGCUCCUGCGCUCUUCUAUAGGUGCCAUCCCCAGACUCCCUCCAGGGGGAGCACCUAUCCUGUCUGCUCACUCCACCCCAGCUCUCCUUUGGGGAGCACCUGUCUUAUAGGCCCCAUCCUGGGUCUCCUAUGUUUGCCUUGUUCACUUCAUCCCAGGCCUCCCUCCGGGGAGGGCACCUUACUGUUCGCUUCACACAACCUCACCCCACUCCCCCAGACCACCUGCUCUGCUGACUCCCAAACUGACAGCUGUAUGGCAUACUCCUUGCUGACUGGUUUCUCACUAUUUCCUCUAGGCUUUCUUCAAUGGCCUAGAGCAGCUAGUGUCAGUGCACAGCUAGUGAGCUCUCCAGGGGUGUCAGAACCCCUGUCCAACAGGGCAAAUGUGGGCCUCAGGGAGGUGACAUCUCUCCAAGCCUGAGGCUCCUUGUUCUGAACCCAGCUAGCUAUAGUAGACACUAGAGACUGCCUACUACAGCUCUGGCUCAGUGCCCUCCAGCUUCCUGUAGGCUUGGCCCCCCAACAGCCAUAUGUAGGAAGCUUGUUACAGACACUGCCCAGGCUGGGCUCCCUGCUCGUCUCCUGGGUCUGCCACUGGCCACACAUCCUGCCUCGGGCUCAUGUUGCUGAUAUAUAAUGGGCUCUCCAUGGACCCUUGAUUGGUUUCUAACUAGGUCCCCAGCCCAUCUCUUCCUCCGUCCCUUCUCUGCCUGAAUGGUCACAUCAGGCACUUGCCUCUGGGCCUCUUCUGAGGCCCCCUCAAUUGGUGCUACCUUUUCAUGAAGCCCUGGGUCUGGACUUAGAACAGGCUAGUGGUCUGAGUGUGUCCCCCUCCACAUCCCCAGCUCCAUGCCAGAACUGCUCCACAAUAAGUGCCCCUUGGCCUAUACCUCCCCUCCCCCACCCCCCUUGUUUAUUAACUCAGAUCAGCAGACAGAAUUUUCCUGUUUCUGUUGAAUUUAUUCCAUAAUUACCCCCUGUUGGCAGCAAACUGUACUUAUUCCUUUUUACAAUAGAGAUGCAAAGGUUAUUUUAUGUGAAGUUUAUUUAUGUUAAUGAGAUGUUGAAUAUAUCACAGCCUGCAGCUGUUGUCAGGUAACCUCCACUGGUGGGCUGACCCUAAUCAGGCUAGUCACCGUGCACAUGGGGCUCCGCCUUACACACCUGGCUCCGCCCUGCACACCUGGCCCCUUCACUGUGCUUGGGAAACAGGUUGCACUGUCUUUGGAUCAAGUGCAGCCCUGACUCAAGUCCUCAGGCCCCUGUUCUGGCCCCCUGGAAGACUUGGGAUGGGGGCAAGAUGGGAAUUGAGGGCUGAGGGGAAAGGCCAGUGGGCCUCUAGGCUAGGACUUCUAAACUCCCUCUCUGUCACUGUCUUUUUCAACCCAACAAGAAGGUAAGAUAGGUACACAAACCAUUGUUCAUAAUAAAUCAGAAAAGAAAUUUACUUGAAAAAAUUCUUUGUCCUACAUAUAAUUUUUACCACCUAUUAAAGCGGAAGCAAGUUUACAUACUAGUAGAUGGGUUUGUCUGUUUAGAGGGUGUGGGUGCACAUGGGUGCACAUGGAGGUCAGAGGACAGCCUUGAUGACAUUCCUCAGGCACCUCAUACUUUGUGAUUGAGUGAGACUGGAUCUCUCAUUGGUCUGAAACAUCACCAAGUAGGCUACCCAUCCACAGAGCCAUCCACCUGUGUCUGCCUCCAUCUUUACCAUAAUAGGAUUACAAGUGUGUAUUACUGAACCCAGCUUUUUUCAUAGAUUCUGGGGAUUGAACUCAAACACUCACGCUUAUGAGACCAGCACUUUACUAACCAAGCCGUUUCCUAGCCCUCCUGUUUUCCAUUGUUUAGUGUCUGCUGCUCUGGGAUGUGGACCACCUUCAACAUUUGAUUUUAUAAUUGUCAAGGCUAAGAACUCCUUCACAUAAAUAUGCCAUACAAGUGGCAGAUGCAUGUUUAGGCACAUUUCAGAAAUUGGUGGGGAUUCUGCCCUAAUCAAAAAACAAAGUUUUGAAAAUUUUAACAGUUUUGAAACCCAAGUCAGCAGCUGUAAGAGCAAUUUUUAAAUCUUCAGUACAGUGCAAAGAUAUGCUAAUUUGAUACUUUCAUUGCUAAGGACUGGCAAUCAGAAGAUAUAGGAAAGCCUUUGCAUUCCACGACUAAACCAUUAUGUUUCAAGAAGAGCAGAAGACAUUGUAUGUGCAGUCAGACUGCAGUUCACAACAUCCAGUGGUCCUGAAUCUUAGGCAGUGUUGGAGGCACCUCAUUGGUGGUGCUGUGGCACACACAUAUGCACUGCCACAUGUUAAGAGAAGAGACUACAGUGGUGCUGUGAGAUGCAGCCCAGGGGAGCUCUGUUGGAAAAGGCUCUCGCUCAUCCAUCACUUGCUGGUUUUGAAUUACUUCUCAGUCUUGGUACCAGCACAAACCUUUUACUGUUUCCAUAAUGUUUUGUGGCCUCUACAUCCAGUUACAUAGUCUCCUCGUAGAUGGUGACCCCCCAGCUGAAGAAGCUGCUUCUAGGCAGGGCUUCUCCUGCCUCCUGGGAGAUACUUGGCAGGUCUGGAGAUCUACAUGGAGACUACUGGGACAUUGUUACUUCUAAUGAGUUAAGGUCAGGGGUAUUGCAAUGUACCAAAGAUUUCCCCAUCUACUAAAAAAUGGCUCACUGUACAGUGAGAGCUUAGGACCUGUUCUUGGGGUAGCCUGGUCACUGCUAAGACUUGGGCACUAUGCUGUCUAGAGAACACAGAGGGCUUUGUGGGUAAAUGGGCUCAAUCUGUCUACAUGCCCCAUGUCUCUCCCUUACCUAAGAAGACUGCCAUCUUGGCACCAUCAGACCAAGAGUGAUCAUAUCAGCAGAUGACAUGGUCUUGUAGGAAGCUGACCAGCCCAUGUCUUAUUUAUUCUCAGCCUAGCUCCAGUCUCGGUCAAUGGGCACCUGUUCAGAGAGGUAGAGCCUCUCUGAGGUAGGGCACAUGCUAGCCAGGGCCUCCAUGAGGAGGAUAGACCCAGCUGGAGCCCAGAGCCUCACCCUGUGCUGCCUUCAUUGGCCUCUUCUCUCCUCCCUGCUUGUUGCUUCCCAGCCCUCCUUGGUGUACUAGCUGAGCAGGCCAGGCUACCUCCUGCAUCCCCACAUUAAGCCCCAACAUGACUCCCGGCCAUGCUGCGCCUUGCUGUUGUCCCAUUUUUGCAGCAGAGAGCACCAUGAAGCAGGCAGCAUAGCAUUUCUGUCCCUGACCCAGGGCAGCCCGGCAGUUGUUGUGUUAUUCUUCCACCUAACCAGCCUUCUGAGUAGUUUCCGCCUUAUCGUCAGGUCCUUACAAAGUCCCUGGGCUGUGGCUAGUGGACCCUGAGAGAGGCUGCCCCACCAGGUUCCACUUCAACUCAGCAGCAGCUGUCCCAUGCCCUUUGUGACUGAUACCCUCUCCUUAGCAUAAGGACAACAGAGCUCCCAAGUCCAGGUUCAUCUCCAGCACCCAUAGAAGCCAGUCCUGCCCCAAAGUCAGUGGAGUUCCAGCCAGGUAGCCACCACCUCCACUAGUUCAUGCUAGCACUAAAUGCCUGCCUGUGGCCUGUGUGUUUCUGCCAAGCCUGGAGACUAUGUGCCAGGCUGUGUCCUUCCUCUGAGUGUUCCUGCUACUGCAGGCAGUAUAAACAGGAGGGCCAGGGGAGUAGCCCACUUUCGGCCAUAUGUCGCUGGCCUGUCAGUGUUAAUCAACUGCAGCCUCCAACCAAGGCCUCCUAGACGCCUCCCAGUGGCCUGCACUACCCACAUGUCAUGUGACAGGGUACAUGGUCCUUUUCAUGAUGAGGUCAGUUGAGCAUCUACAGGAGAGGGAUACAUCUGGGAACACCCAGCAUGCUAUUUGUACCAUACAGUGUGCCACACAGAAGACAGACUGGGUUCCCCAUGGUCUUGUGUGCCCAAAGCCAAUACUGGCCUCCCUUCUUGUCCCACCUAGCCCUUAUUAGCAAGACACAGCUUAUCUUACUUGCAUGAAGUCUUCCUGGGCAACAGGCUUUAGACCAACCUGCAGUUACCCAUGGAGCUGCAGCUCCGUGAAGGAGGGACAGAGGACAUGGCAGCACAUUAGUGCAAUGCAUGGCCUCAACCACACCUAUUACCUGAGAAGCCAUUUCUUGGAAAGGUAACAUGGCCCAGGGAGCAAAGCCAGCCCUACUGUGGAGCUAGCAUGGGCUCCUUGGGUUUGGUCCAACCCAGAAGCAGGCAUUUGGCCCACAGAUGCCUCUCUUCUCAAAUAUGCAUUCUUGUAGGAAGAGCACAGAAGCCCAGGUUACCUCCCUAGAGGUGCUGCUGAGUUGAUGACAUUAACACAGAGGCAUGUACAUCUGUGGGGGUGGUGCCCUCUUAUGGAAGGAACAUGCUGUGCGGUGAGAGGGGGCCAUUUGUGAAGAGCUUGGGGAAAACAUUGUAAGAAAUUAUAGGGGCUCUGGCCAUGGCUGUGUGUGCUGCGUAUCACUGCUUAUCGGCUGUUUCCCCAAGCCUUGGUGUUUGACUACCCUCCACCUGGAGUUAAGGACACUUGCUCUGGGGGAUCAGGGUUAUCUGGCCUCAUUUCCUUAGUACUUUAGGGUACAGGAGGAGUGGCCAUGGGAAGACUCAUGUGCUCCAGCAGGUGGUGCACCUCUGCAACCCUGGCUUGGGGCUAACGGCUGCAGGCAAAGCUGUCUCAUGCAGUGGGUCCUCAGGAACUGCCCUGUAGAAGGGUGGUUUACAUUUCUGCUUUAUUUCAAUUAAAUGCUUGGGACUACAUGUGUCUGCUCGUAUUAAUGAAUGCCAAGUUCCGUACCUUGACAAUCUCUAGCUCCACAGACAACCCAUUCCCCAUUUUCUAAACAUCUUUUCAAAGACAGCUCUGCCUCUGCUGGGCGGGUGUCUCACACACACAUUGUGUGUGUGCUUUUUAACAGUACAAGUGCCCACUGUGCCACAGGUCUGGUUCAGCUCUUCAAAGUGGUGCUUCCUGAAGCCUCUUUCUUCCCAGUGGCUGCCCAGCGAGCCUGGAAGCCACUGAAUGCCCAGCUUUCGCUCUGGAACGUCAGGUCAGUGGGCUCCCAGGCAGAAUGGCGUGUAUGUGGACGGUGGAUCUCUCUGACUUCUCUACAGUUCGCCUAAGAUCUCAAUGGGAUCUGUGGCCCCAGGAAGCCAGGCCGUAUGUUUCACCUCCUAGAUGCACAAGGGGCUUGCCCAGUACCCUGGGCCUCAGAGGGUGGACCAGCUGCUGCAGAUGCCCUGGGCCAGGGUGCAACACGUGGUACUUCCAGGGCCCAGCCAUCAGCCACACACUGAGAAAGACAAGCCUUUGUUCCUACCAUGGUGCUGACAUUAUUACAGACAUGUGUGGACAAUGCAGACUCUUAAGUCUUUUAACAAGUCACCUCACCUCUGGCAUCCUGUCACUCUGUGCCCCUCAUACCCUGUGGGUCCACAUGGGAUCUGAUGUAACACAGAAAGGAGCAGGUCAGAGGACUUCAAGGUUUAAAUGCCUUGUUAGUUCCGCAGCCUGCACCCCAGUGCCUCCUACCCUGGGGCAGGGGUCCCUGUAGUCCACGAGGCUGCUACUGGUCAGGAUUAGAGAGACUGGGGAGGAGGCCACAGAGGAGGAAUGUGGAUGUGUCCCUCUGUGUCAUUGUUGGCUGCUUAAGGAAAGGAACUCUGUCUCUGUAGGAGGGGGAGCUUCCUGCAGAUGCUGCUCCUCCCUUCCCCCUGCCCACACCUGAACCUAAGGGUCUGGUAAGGACCAUACCAGGAGCCUCAGCAGGACUCUGGCUGGCUCUAGGCUCCCAGUGGGUAUGGCCUUGGGGUUCUCCAUCAUCCCUGGUAGAAAGGCACAAUGCAGGCUCUGAGAAGCAGACACACUCACCGCCAAGCUCACCCUGUCCUGUCCCAUCCUGUCCUGUCUGAUCCCGUUUUAGGCCUGGCCUCAUUAUCCCAAUGCUUGUACCCACUGUGCCCUCAGCCUGCUCUUCACUAACAUAUGGAGUGUUCAAGUCCAGCAGCAACACUGAUAGAACUCAGAGUUCUCUUGAGUGGGGAGCACCCACAUAGAGAACUUAGAGCCUCAGCCUCACCUCUCAGUCCUUGACUUCUGCCUAAGCAGGUGACUCCCCAGCAAACAAGCAAGUGAAAACACCUGUGGACCAGCAUCUCGCAUCAGAGCCAGCAUUCCUCAUGUGGGCCAGGAGGGCUGGGGCUAGCCUUGGGUGCAGCUGGAGCCUGAAGUACAGGGAACAGGCACCUGCAGGAAUAGACCACAAAACCCCCAUUCCCAGGCCACAGCGAGGCAGCUAGGAUGCCCAGGGGACCCUGUGAUGCUCUGGGACCCCCCUUUCCGUUACUGAUGGCACUCUGGUAAUGAUUUCCCCACUCACAACCUGACCCCAUGCUGAGGAAAAGCAAGUUGAAAUUAAAUUAAAUUUCAAAUGUUAAACCAACCAAUUAAAAAAUGCAAUCACACGGAAACAUGCAUUUUUCAAAACAGUGUUGUUUAUUCUGUCAUAAUUAAUGUAUGCAGAGCGGAGAGUCUGGGUUCCCUAGGGCAGCCUGCUCCAGCACAGGCCAUAGCCUGGACGUGGCAACACACUGGCAGCUCCUGGCACUUUCUGACCCCAGGCCCCAGGAUUUCUACUCUGCCUUCCUGCACCCAGCAAUCCCUGGAGAAGGAGGUGGUGGUGGAGGAAGAGGAGGAGGAGGAGGAGGAGGAGGAGGUGGAGGAGGAGGAGGAGGUAGCCAGAUUGCAAGCCCCUAGCCCUGGCCAUCAGUUGGGCAUCCUUUCUGCUGUACCCUUUGCUUCUUCCCGGGCCGCUUACCCUGUACCUCCCACCCCCUCAGGCUAGCGCAGAGACUUUGGCCCGCUGUGCUUCCCCACAUCCUCCACCAGCCCUGCUCCUUCACAUAAAGAGCUUCUCACAGGAGUGGAGCAGGGGAUCCGUGUUAGCCCAAGUCUGUGAUGGCAGAGCCAACAAGGGCUGAGAGAGCCUAUGCUAAGCUGUGCUUGAGGUCUCACUAGGUAGGGCACAGAAAUGCUGUCCCUCAUGCCCACCGUUGUGAACGACUCCCUAACAGGGCUCUCCAGGGACCUGAUACUUCUUCACAGGUGUCUCAGCUCUAGUUCUAUAUGAGGUGCAGGCAGCCACUUCCACACAUGGCCAUUGAUGUCUCUGUUACAGGGAAAGGCAGGUGCGGGUCCUCUCCCCAUGUGCUUCAGAUGAUGCCCCUAGUGGUCACUGUCAGGAAGGAGACUCUAGCUCCACCCAGGCCUUGCUUCUGCUCUGUCUCUCCUUUCCUUCCUCCUUGGUCUCCCCUACUCAGGAACUGUCUGCAAGUGCUCCUUGGAGAAUGUAUGUGUGUGAGCAGGGAUGACAGGAGAUAUGACAAGGCAAGGCCUUCAGGUGGUGACCAGAAGGAAACAGUUCUAACUGUCGUACACAGCUCCAUCUGCUCAUCUUGAAGGCUACUGUGUGCUGGGCUAGGCAUCCACAGGAAGGCUGUGUCACAAACAGAAGUUUAUGUCCCCAACACACACAGUAGUUUAUGUCUACCUUUGAUGCACAAGGAACCUAUGGGGGUUUGGGGGCUCUUAAGUUUCCUCCAGGUGGUACCAGGAUCUGCCACAUAGUAGACAACUCUAGAAUAUUCCAGAGUCACCUCAUACUACUGACCUGAAAGUACCUACAGCUUUUCUGCACAGUGGAUGGGUGGAGCUAUGGCUCCCCUCCCUUCUGACAGCAGUUGUUGGGGAAACUUUCUGGACUUGGGUAGGAGCCACCAGGCAGCUCCUCCCAAGCUCCUCUUUAUUAAUGACGCUUAUCGCUGCUCACAUGGAGCUCAGCGAAUGCAGAAGGUGGUUGAUAAACAGCCAGGCAACAGACUGCAGUGAUGGAUAACCUGCUCAAUAAUUAACAAAUGAGCCAACAGAUGGUGGGGGUGGGUGGGGAGGAUAGGCAGGUGAUGCUAUGUGUACUAAAUGCCUUGUUCCUCCCCUUGUCUCCAGCCAACUGGGUGUGGCCUGCGCCCCUGCAGGAAGGUACUCUUCCUCUACCUGCUUAGAAUGGAGCUAGGAUGUGACAGGCAGCUGCUGAAGGCCAGGGUCCUCCACCCAGUCUAGCUUCUGGAAUCUGGGUGGUUCUUUCCCCAGGACAACGUGGGAGACAGAGCCUCAGCAAAGAGAUUCUCUAGCUGCAGAUCCAAUGAGUUGGUCUCGUUGACUUGGAACUACCUAGGGCAGUUGUUUUCUUUUCCAUUUCUUCUGGGAUGGCCAUGUUAUUCCAGCCUGCCACACCCUUGUACUUUGGAUUGUGUAAUUUGCUUGGCUUCACUCUGAAGGGGGACUAGGCUGGGGGUGGGCGUAUCUGAGGCUUGCCUGUCUCCGCUGUAGAUGACAUUUGGUGGGACUCCAGCCCUGAGAUGUGUAAACUAAGGAACCUCCGCAGCAGACACUGCUCUGCCGGGCCUCAAUCUUGGUAUUUAUACCUGAGAACUAUGACGGUUCUUGUCAUCUUUGUGCCACCUGACACAAAGCACCAUGGCAGAAGCUACAAGCCAGGUCUACCAGUGGGAGCCUGGGCAGUCAGAGUUUCGGAAGUCCCAGGCUCUGUGCUUCAGUAACUGCCAUGGGUCAGCUGUGUACGGCCAUUGCCUUAGCUUUGAAAAGUGCGCAGAUAGGAGCAGCCAGGAGCUUGGAGGGUAAGGACGGGACACAGCCUCUGUGCUGGUGCAUGCAGCUUCUGCCCAGAAGAUAAAGGGGGAUGUUUAUGCAGCACCAUGACAAAUCUUACAAUUGUUCGUCAUAUUGAGAUGCCUCAAUACGCCAUACUACAGUCAGGGAGAGCUACCCUCCUACCUGAUAGAUAAACAGCCAAGAGAUAGAAUUGCUGUCUAAUUUCCGCAGAGCUUUCCGGUGGCUGAGGUAAUGAGGGAGCCCCUGUUCUUGGCUGCUUGGUUCUUGGAACAAAGUCACAGGGAGAGGCUCCCAGGUGAUCCCUCAGCCACUUGCCCAUAGACUUAACUCAUCCGGCUGCUUCUCUCCUGAACCUGAAUGGGAGAUGAAGGAAAAAUCACAUGGUAAGCAGGCCUGAAAUAACAGGGCCUCCUUGCAGGCACAAGAGGACUUGACAGCAGGGGUGGACCAUGUCUCUUGGACAGGGUCAGACCACAGCUGUGACUCAGAGGUAUGACAGAAGAGGGCCAGGGAAGGCCUCUGCUGCAGAUAUAGUUACUGCUUUGCCAUCCUCCCGUCCCACCAGGACCCACUAGAGUCUGCUGAGUGAGUGCAGCUACUCCAUGCUCUGUCCCUUGUAGGAAAAGCCAGCCAGCCUCUGUAAUUGUGCCAUGUGUUACUCACAGAACCUUCUCACCAGGCCACCUGACAGUUGUCAUGCCUACUGUGGUAGGCUCCCAUCAGGUCAGGCCUGUCACCCUUGCACAAAGGUGGCAAUGUGGACAAAGCAGAGAUGCCCCCAAUUGCCAGUCUACCUGGCACGUCCUUAGUGCUUUGGCCCAGGGACUUCUUCCUCGGGGCUUCUAGGUCCUUCUCCAAGAUCUCCAGGGUUGUGGAUCCACUGAGGGACUUUCUGACCACAGGCAUCUUUACUACCCAUGGCGGGCCCAUCGUUAGUACUCAGGGUGUGUGGAGAGAAGGGAGGAAGAACUGACUUGUGGUGUAGGAGGGAGCUGCCUUCCCUGCAGGCUGAGCCCACAUCUCAGACCUCAGUUUCCGCUCCUACCACUCUUCAUGUGUCUGCUCCAGAAACCGAAGAUGGCCGCUCUCUCCACUGCCUGGGUGAAGGGCCAGAAGCACCAGCAGCAGUCAUUAGGCUGCCUCAGACGCCUGGUGAUUUAGCAGUGUGAUUACCUGCUAAUGCAAUACCUCACAAAGCUUUUUAUUAGAUUUUUCCCCCUUUUCCUUCCAAACACCCUUUGGAAAUAAACACCUGAGGCUGUUACACUCUAUACCACUCAUUUUAAUUAACUUUUAAAUCACGUACUGUCACCCAGACCUCCCUCAAAUGUUAACUCCGGACUGGACUGGGCUGGGCUGGGCUUGGAGACCUGCUCUCUCUGCUUUGUCUCUGCCCACGGGGUGGGGACUCUCUGGAGCUCAGCCUCAAGUGGCCUUGAGUGGACAUUUGCUGCUUUUGUGAGGUUGGUCCUACUACCCAGUAGAGGACCCGAUGAACUCAAGGGGCACCACCUUGGUCCUGGGCACACAUAGAUGGCACAGCAGACACCACCGCCUUCCCUACUGCCUACAUGUGGGUCUGAACAGCACACUCUUGCCCCUCACAUGGGCCCAGCUCAUGGCUAGGACAUUGUGGGAACCUAUGGACAUACAACCUCGGCCUUCUCAGGUCACUUCUGCAUGAUCAGUGGAAACUAUGGUACCCACCCCUGUAAUCUGUCAGUAGCCUCUGAUCUUGUGCUCAUGCCCCGACUCCUGUGCCUUUCCCUAGCCACACCUGCCGGCCCUCACAUUCUGCAUUUAAGAGCCUGUGGCAUUCAGGUCUCCAUUUAACUCUCAGUCAUAGAGGAUGGCUCUUCCCAGGAGAGGCAGAAUACAGGGUGGGUCAUCAUGCCAUAGCAGAAGGGUGGCUCAGACAAGGGUGCCAUUACACAUAACUACUUCCAUCCAGCGUCCCAGUGUUCCAUCUACUGUAGAGGAAUUCCAUCCAACAUAGCAGGGUUUUACCCAGCAUACCAGGAUCCCACCCAGCAUGUUAGGGUUCCAUCUAAUAUAAUACGAUUCUGUCCAGCAUAAAGGGGUUCCACCCAGCAUGUUAGGGUUCUGCCCAGUAUACUAGAGUUCUGUCCCCAGCCUACUGCAUCCUGGGGUUUCAUCCAGCAUACAGGUAUUCUAUCUAACAUGCUGGAGUUUGUCCAGUUUCCAGCGUCCCAGGGUUAACCCAGUGUACCAUAAUUCCAUCCGGAUUGCUGGCGUGCUCUCUAAUAUACUGAGGUGCCGUUUGGCGUUGUGGAGUGCCGUGUAAUGUAUCGGGAGCCAUCUGUCGUACCUUUCGUUUAGCGUUGUGGAGUGCCGUGUAACGUAUCGGGAGCCAUCCGUCGUACCUUUCCUUCUUGUGCCUGCUCACUGGCUGGUUUUCUUCCCUGCUCUGUGGUCACGUGGGACUGGCAGGCUCAUACUCUUCCCCACUUCAUUUUCAUUCAAGCUCUAAAAGGCCUGGAGUUCUGGUGGGGUCCUCUUGUGCCGGCUGCUUGGCAUGGUAGUGGUAGCGGCCAUUGUAGCCAGUUUUUCUAGGAGCUUGUAGUGCAUUGGACAGGGUGAUCAGGGUCACAGUGGACCCCUUGCCCUUGUCUGUACCUUCCCCACAGGGCACCAGACCCUGGUUCUGUCUGGCCUUCCUCCAGCUAGUUUUGUAGUUAGUGUGUGGUCAGCUCUUCCCUCUGCCCUAUUGGCUACUGGUCAGGCCACAAAGGCUGAGAUUCUGGUGUCCCCUCUAGUCUCCUCUGUGGGUUUCAGUCCCUUGUCCUUCUGUCAUCUCUGAAAGGUGGUGGGAACUGGAAGGUUCCCGGUAUAUACCCAUAGAACUCAAUUCCAGCUGCCUAUAACUGUGAUCAUCCCACCAGAGUGCAAAUUGGACAUGAGGAUCUUGGCGCUAGAUGCAUCUGUAGUUUUAUGCUUGUAAAGAUGGGUCCCCUGCAUGCCCAAACAUUGUGGGUGGGUUUGGGAUGACCCUCCAUAUACUUACUUCACAGUCACAGAAGCAAGUUGGGUCAGCGUGCCUGCAAAGGCCUCAGCCCAGAACUUGACACUUGGAGCACUCUUAUGUACUAGCUAAGUGUCAUGCUGUGUGCAGGGGAAGCAUAUAGCUGACUGUCAAGUGAGCAGUGAAGGGAUGGUCCUCUGCUUCUGAGUCAUCCCAAGGCUUCCUGGUCCUCUGUAGCCUUGAGUCCUGGGAGCCCCUGGGCCUGGCCUCAAACUGACAUCACCUUUCCUGCAGGGCAGUGGGUGUGGGGGAAAGAGAGAAUUGGAGAAAACCUGAAUUUUGCCAGAGUUCUGGUGCUCUAGCAGGUGGAUUCAGGAGAACUGUCGCACAUUUUCCACGUGGCCCUGAGUGGGUGUCUGGCUGUGGGAAGCUACUGGACCCCAGCUUGGCAAAGAGUGAACAAGGGACAGCCCUAGGAACAGGCUCUUAGUCUCGGGCAUCCCAGACACAGCUGGACACCGCAGAAGAGCUGAGAACAAAUCGGGGCCCCAGGGGAGGCUCAGUCAGCCCUGUGGACGAAGGGAGGAGAGGGCAGGGGCAGAGGGGGUGCUGGGUGGUGCCCAUGAGGGCGAGAGUCCUUGGUCCGGUCCUUGGCUGGAGCGCAGGAAGGUUAGAUGCGACUCGUUAGGAGAAAGCCUAUCCACAUUGUUCAAGCUCAGCAGGCCUUGAUGAGCAGAGAGCAAAGACAGUCUAUAGUUUUAGAGCUUUAUUGUAAAAAGGCAGGGAGAAAGAGAGAAGGUAGAAAGAGGGAGACCACCAGCCAUGGCCAUGGAGAGAAGGGGGAAGGGAGAGAGAGGAAGAGAGCUAGAGAGGAGAGUAAGAAAGGUGAGAGCUUAAAGAGAGUGAGGAGGGGCCAAGCAGCCCCUUUUAUAGUGGCCUGGGCUAUCUUGCUGUUGCCAGGUAACUGUAGGGAGGAGCAUAUCUGGCUAUAGUCAGGUAACUGUGGGGGUGGAGUCUAGCCAGAAUGCCAGAAGCUUGGGACAUUGUCUGUGUAACUUACAGUCACAGAAUUAUGGAGUUGGGGGCUCGGUGGUGUCAGGCACCUGACUCUGGGAAUGCUGUUCUGUCCCAUGUAGAGUUUUCUGCUGGGUCGCCAGAGCAAGCCUCAUUCGACCAAAAUAGGCUGCCUUUCACGGCCUCACACUUUCCUAGCCCAGGAUAGGAACCUGUAUCCCUAGGCUCUGGGUCUGUCAGGAGCCCUGCAGGAAUUUGAGGGAUUCUAGGAAAGAGAGUUCCUAACAGCCCCCAUAGGCCCUGACAUGGGGUGCCAUCCCCGGUACAGGACACCUGCACCAGGCAGCCAGCUAGCACUGGGACUGGGGCAUUCUUCAAUACACAUAUGUAUUGGGAAUGGUCGUCUGUCUCCAGAAACAGGAAUAAAGAGGGCUAGUAAGGAGCAGCUCCCGCAACCCCCAGGAAGUAGAGCUCCCUGUUGUUGCUGCCCAUGGCAUAGGCCCAUCCCAAGGGGCUUCCAAAACAAGUCAUCCAGGAGCAGCCUGUGAUGAGCCACCCUACCCUCGGGGGGAAGGGGCUGCCCAGCUAUUUAGCCCAGUGCUUGGCAAAGGUGGGCACUGCCCUACAGCUGUGUGUCUGCACUGCUCAGAUCAGCAAAGGCCAAGAGAGAGAUGUCUGCAGCAUUGUUCUGGAAAUUAGCUUCCCCUCUCCCUGAAGGUCGUGCACUCCACUAGAAAAUUAACCAAUAUUUUCCUAAUCAAAUGAGACUGCCUCCUCCUUGGAGGAGAGGUGGCUGUGUCCAGAAGCUCAUUCAUCUUGGAAGGCAGCAGCACCCACGUGGGCCCUUGUUUUAUUAAAUAACCUUUCCUGUAUGGCUGUCUCUCCACCUGUGGCCAAGUGCUAGAACUGAGGGGAGGAUGGCCUGGUGUAACAAGUAGGGGGAGGCUUGCCCCAUUCUUGGCUACACCAUCAUGACUGCCUGAUGUCUCCACAGCACAUAUCCUCGGGUUUAAUCCUCCUUCCUCAUUAAUGUCCUAUGGGCCUGAUUAUCUAGUUCUGCUUCCCCCUGUGUAUGCCAUCACCUAGUGGUCCUGCACAAGAUGCUGUAAUUCAGAGCAGUCCCCCAUCCAUACAACCUGAGCCAAGAAGGGCAUGUGCCCAGCCAGCCAACCCCAAGAGGUCUUGGAAUUCACCCUCAUAGCUUGAGCCUGCACCUGGUACCCACUACCCCUCAAGCCAAGUGCUGGGCUAGUCCAGCACCGGUAAGGCACAUGGACUCUUGAGUUUUCAAAACUGUGACCCUAAAGAGUAAAGAAUUGAGCCAGGCAUGGCAGCACAAGCCAGUCAUCCCAGCUGAAGCAGGGAGGACUUUGGGUUCUGGGCUAACCUUGCCUAUAUCGUGAUAGACUAACUUCAAAGCAGCCCAGCUGUGGAGGUGACUAUGAGGAAAGUACUUGUGAGAGCUGAGUUCAAUCCAUAGCACCCAUGUCCAGGUUGACCUGAAACUCACUAUGUAGCCCAGGCUGGCCUUACAUUCAUACAGAUCUGCUUGCCUCCACCUCCUGACUGCAGGGUGGAUGAACAAUGUGCCAUUGACUGGUGUAGACCAUCUUGCUGCAGAUAAAGUGUCAUUUUACCCAGAGCCAUGCUUCAUAUCUGUUGCUAAGAGAGGAGGGACAUGUCCCAUUGCAACAUCAACAACAGACCGUGUAUCACAUAGACCCUCAGGCUUACAUGGCUUGGUUAUGUGGCUGAAAGUUCUCUGUAGGAUGCUCACACUGGAAUGGCGAUGCCUGGCCUGGCAUUUGCCUAGAACGUGCUUUGUUAUUGAUGACACAUUACUUCAUGUGUGAGAAGACAAUUGUGUAUGUAUGCACAUGCACAAGCUGGAAGGGAAGUGGUUGUCACUCUUACUGUAGAGCUCUGAGUAAGCUAAGUCAGUGAGGGAUCAGUGCCUUCUCUGUGUUUUCCUAAAGCAACAGAACACCUGUAAAAAACAAGUUUGGAGGGCUAGGGGAAUGGAAUGCAUGAGAAUCUGAGUUCAAACCCCAAAAUCCACGUAAAAAAACAAAAAACCAGGCAUGAUGGUGUGUAUUUACAAACCUAAUGCAACAGAGGUGGAGACAGAAAAGUCCCUGGGGUUCGCUGGCUAGCCAAAUCAAUGAGCCACAGGUUCAGUGAGAGACCAUGUCUCACAGAAGAUAGAGAGCAACAGAGGAAGAUCUCCAACCCUGACCUCUGGCCCCCACACACUCACAGGCAUUUGCAUCCCUGUGCACACACCAAAACAAAAACAAAGAUGGGGGGGGGGGCUAGAGAGAUGGCUGGGGAAUUAAGAGCACUUGUUGUUCUUAGGGAGGAUGGUUCGCCGCACCACAUCAAGUGGCUCACAACCUCCUCUACCUUCAGCUCCAGGGGAUCCAACAACCGCUUCUGAACUCCAUAGCCACCUGCACCCAUAUCCACAUAUCCAUAUGGUUAUAUAUAUGAUCUUAGCUCACUCAGAACAUACUCUCUCUCUCUCUCUCUCUCUCUCUCUCUCACACACACACACACACACACACACACACACACACACACAAGAACAAGGGCAGGUAUGGUGGCAACAUGCAUUUAAUUCCAGUGCUCAGAGGCAGAGGCAAGCAGCUCUUGUUAUAGCUUGACACUAGUGAGUUCAUGCCAGCCAGGGCUGCACAUGGAGACUCUGUCUGAAAGCUGGGAGGUGUAUCAUCAAUGCCGUUACCCCCAGCAGCAGGAAACAUUGCCAUUUUGCUGAGUAUGACCCCCUCUCUUGCUUGCCCCAGUCCUUACAGUUAGGAUAGCCUGGGAGUGUACCGCGCCUGUCUAUUCAGUCUGCUUAUUUAUUCACAUAAACACUCUGUGAUCCAAAGAGCUCCAUCUCAUUCCACCUGGCCCUCACUUCCGAGGCACAGACGUUGAUGUCUGAAGGGUCAGGUGACCUGCCCAUAGGUCCAUAGCUGCAGGUUCUGGCAGAUGUCAGGAUAUCCCAAACACCCUUCCAUGGAGCUCUGUCUGCAGCCACCACUGCGUGCAACUGAGUUAUGGGACCAGGGGCUCUGUCAGUGUCUGGGUUGGAUGUGUGUAGCUUCCUAAGGGCAUCCUCCAAUGUCACAUGACGGCUGUAUGCCAAGUGAGCAGCCGGUGCCUAGCCUGCCACUGUGUACGUCACUCAGCCCUUGCCCAUCCACACUGCUCAGGGGUAUCCAGGAAGAAAAACAGAGCUUGCUAAAUGGAAAAGGACAAACUCAGUUGGAAAAGAGAUGUGGUCUUCAACACCCUGGACAAGUAGAGAGGGUGCUUUCCCUUUCCUGAGACAGAUGACAACAUCAGAGUCCACUCAAAAUCAUUUCCUAAAGCAAAUCACAGGAUGGUACCUGCCGGAUGUGAGAUGAUUUGUAUUCUAUUCUUGGGGCCAAGGAGCAAAUUGACUACAGAGCGUGUUUUGCGAUUUCUUUUUUAAAUGAAUGCCAUCAAUGAAACUGCAGCAGCAACAGCAGCACACGGACUCUCCUGCUGCAAGACAGGGACAGAGACAAUCCCAGCACCGCUCAAGCCACAGGAUUCGCUCCAAAGGCAGACAGCACCUUCCUCAUGCUGACCAAGGAUGUUGACCACCCCCUCCCUAUGCCCUUUUCUACAGAGAGCAAGACACUUUGAGCAGUCUGCAGGUGCCACCUCCAAAGCAUCUGCCACGUCCUGAGUCAGCUGCACUCAGCCAUCCUUCCCCUCACCUGCUUUCUUGCUGGUGGAGUUAGGAGGACACUUGGUUCCAAAGACCAGGUGGAUUCAGGUGGUCACUUCCUUCUUCCCUCAUCUCCUUCAUGGUUAGACACUGCAUCCCCCAUCACCCUGUGGGUCUGGAGCACCCCUCUAGUGCACACAGUGUGUCAGUUGUAGAAUCCUGGGAGUAAAGGAACUAAUGAAGUGGCAUCAGUCACCCAUCCUGAAAGUGGUUUGUGACCUUCUGAUCUCCCCCUGAAACUCUGCAUUACUCAAGGGAGAGGUGGCACUGGUUGCUACCAGUGCAGCCUCAGGGCUGGCUGGAGCCUGCGGAUAUGAAGCCUAUUGGGCAAGUGAUUGGCCUGGAAAUGGAGGACUGGUUCUUGUGUCAUGUGGAGAAUGGGAGAUGGGUGAGCGCUGGGCUCACCAUUCACUAGGUCACCACACAUGCUGAGUUCUGAGCCAACUGAGGUGGGGCUGGCAAAGUCCCUGAGGCUGGCCAAGGUCAGACAGUGGCCUCUUCUGCACUGGAAUUCUGUGCUUUGCAUGUGACUGAUCAGGGCUCACUUUGCAUUAGGGCCCUGUCUCAAGUCAGCAAGGCUGCAAGAGGCUCUGAGUAGAGCCUGACCCUGGAGGGAAGCAGAGCCCCUUUCCUGCUGUUCAACUCCAGGGGCUUGUAGACCCUGUGCCUAUUGUGAGUUAGUAUGCCUGGGGCCUGCCCUCACCCUAUAGGGCACACCUCAUAGGGAUGGUAGGUAAAAUGACCAUGGCUGCUCACCAGCCAGCUACACAUUGUCUUCCACAGUCCUGACAAGACCCUGGGCAGGUAUUGUCUCCCCACACCUGAGCCUGUGUUCCUGACCUCCCUGAGGAAGCUCUGAGACAGUUGGUGGAGCUCAUCAUGAGCAGCCUCUGUAGGGCCUAUGAGCUGGCCCCUCCCCACCAUGCAGCCUGAGGAAGUCCCUCGAAAGAGGUUUAAGUCUGGUACCUCCAAUGCUGACCCUCAAGGAAAGGCCACAAGGUAGCCUCAGGAGAGGGCUAUGUGGGAGCUUCCUGGCUAGGAUCUGCUGUAAAUACCCACCUAGAGUCCUGUGGGUAGCCUCCCAUCUGAGAUCCUCCUGGCCACCCAUCUCUACCCUGUAAAGCACAAAGUCACAAACCACUGUGCUCUGUCAACCACAGACCUCUCCAUUGCUCACAGAUGUCAAAAGGCUGGGGUCAUGGGAAAGCUGUGUUCCCUGGGAGCAUGUCUAGAUGUGUGUCAAGCUGGGUCCACCCUGUAGGAGGCUCAGUGACACUGGAUGAGACACCUCUAAAAUUGCUGGCUACUUUCUAAAAUCGCCUUUUAAUCCCAACAAAGACAUAAAUGGCUGUGAACAGUCCAACAUGCCCUCCUGGCCACCCUCCCUCACACCAGUCCCAUUGACUUUGUGGGCUCAGUCCUCUUACAAAAGAACGGACCUCCUCUGUGUUCCUCUCUCACCUACACUCACUCACUCACUGGUCCUGGCCAAAGGCUUCAACUGUGCUGAGCUCAGCAGGAGGGAGGGGCAGAUCAGUGUCAUGAGGCCAUGGCCUCUGGGUAAAGAAUGACUUAGCUCUCCUGCUCUGUGAGCCCUGGCCUCAGCCCAGCAGAGUCUUGCUGGCACUCUCUAAGAAGACUGGACCAGGACAAAGCCUGCCAUUUCAAAAAUGAGCCUGGAGCCUGGGUCUCCUCCCCAAUCUUUGUUUUUGACUCCUUCAUAUUAGGACUCCCUGUAGGAGACAUGCACUUUGGCAGUGGGAUGUUUUAAUUGCCUCUCAAAAUAGCUUACAAUAAAGAACACUAAACUGUGACUAACCAAUUGUAUUUAAGGAAGCCCUGGCACAGUCAGAGGUGGGCCAGCUGAUGGAGCCUGCCCACUCACACAGUCAUGGAGCUACCGUGUGGCCAUGUAGGCCCUGACCCCCUCUGGGCUUCCUGCCACAGUCCCCUGGGCCGGUUUCAAUUGAGUGUUCCCGAGAAGGGAGUGUUACUCUGCAGCAUCAGUGAAUAUCCACAAUCAGAGAACCUCAGCCCCAAAGCGAAAGCAGCCAGCAGCACGGGCAGCUGAUGCUACCAGACUCUCCACACAGAAACUGUACCGUCAGAGACUCUUGAAUAAAACAGCCAGGGCAGGAAGGGGCACUCCUCUUCAUGGACCCUGCUUCCCUAAGCAGUCCAGUAGCCAUUUUCAUCCACCAUCUCUAUGUAACUCAGCCCUAGGGGCGAGCUUCUCCCUUGAGUCUCACACUAGUCUUGCUUUCCCUUGACAUUGGAACUUUCAGCUAGCUAGCUCUCUCUCACCCAGAGGAGGAGGCACUGAGUUGGUCUGCAAGCUAAGCCAUGGGAAGUGAUCAUGGACAAGUGACCUGCACGUGUGCAUGUAGCAUUUGAUCCAUGGACUCUGCCCUGUUCUAUGUCCUAGAGGGUCCUGGAUGUGCCCUGCACUUUCAAGGAGCCCAUGAGCAGAGGGAGAAGGGAAGAUCUGAGGCAGGGUCCAUUGCCACCCUCUGAGGGCACAAGAGUAUUGGACAUGUGGCGGAGAUGGAUUGGGAAGGACCUAAAGAAGAUACUUUGAUGGAUCUUUCUGGCACGGAGGACAUGCAUCCCUCCUCAAUCAUUCCUGAAGGUGCUCGCCUAGAGAUGGCAAGGAACAGGCACCCAGUACCCUGGGGUCUUUCUUCCAGCAAUUGCAAGAUAGCCAUACAGAUCCUGAGUAGAGAGCAGAGCCACCCCUCAGGGCUGUAACCCGGAAGCUUGCCCAUGCAGGGCUUCAGCCAGAGGAAGCCGGGAGCCAGGUGGGAAGGGCUGCAUGUGGAUCCCAGAAUCCGUUGCCUCAUCUCUCUUAAUUACUGGCAGGGCAGUUGCUGAGUUGAACUGGAGCUGGAAAGCCUCAGUGAGUAAUUACUGUCAGAAACACAAGAUCUACAAAGCCGUAAGCUCACAGCUUGGUGAUGUUACCGAGUCUAAUUAAAAAACAAGAAAGAAAAUUCUCUUUCAUGAUCGACUUUCAGGGCCAGUGAAAGAUGAAAAGCAAGGCAGCUUGCAGUUGAUGCCAACACCAAGGGUAAGUGAGCAGUCCACACAGAGACAGGCAGACAUGCUAGGGUGGCCAGGGUCCCUGGGAUGUCCUCAGCCAGGAAGCACCUGUGACUCACAAGAGGGCUAAGUCACCUGACAUAACAGUGUCCAAGAUGAGUACUACCUUUUGCGGUGCUGGGGACAUUCCUAUGAAUAGACUUCUCCCUCCAGCCAGUCUCUACUGUAGGUGGUUGGGGAAGUUGACUUCUACCAGAAGCCCCUGCCCUGCCAGAGCCUCCAGCAGGCCUGCCUGAGGUGGGGCAGUGGGGCAGUGGUUUCUGGUAGCAUAGGCACCUUUGAACCUUAGACCUUCUGAGCAGCCUCACUAUUCUGGAUUCCUCCUUGGGAAGAGGUUGCCAUGGGCAGCACAUCUCUGAAAACAGUUAUUGACUGGAUGCCCUGCUAGAUGCCACCGGUCCAUGUGGUGGGAACUAGAUGGACGUCCGUCAGUCCUCGAUGCAGCCAGCCUAGAAGGGUCUGCACAGAGGUGGAUUCAGUAUGGUGAGUGAUGGAGACUUUGUGGCCUUCAUCUCACGGUGCCCACGGCUGUCAGGAAGGCCAGGCAGCUGCCUUGUUAGUUCGUCUGCUUGAGAACUCCCAGCAGAGGCACUGGAUGAGUCUGAAGUAGGACAGAACAGCCCAGUCCUGGGCCAGGCACCAGCAGGGUGUGUGUGAGGAACUUCCCAGCCAUUUUCUGAGAAGCAAGUGGCCUGUCCCACUGGGGCCACUCUGCCACAUGUCAGACUUCAGGCGAGUGAGACACACAGCGAGGAGAGCGCGUCCUCGCCCCUCCAAGCCUUCAGAGAUUUACCUCUGAAAGUCGUGUCAUUCACAGGAUAUUUUUAACCCAGAACCAACAAAUCUGCCUUUUAGCAUCAGCUGCAGCAACAGCCUGCGCCUGCAGCUUUGAGAGCAGAUGGUUGCCCGGCUGUCAUCUAUGUCCCUGGGCCCACCAGGAGCCCUGAGCCACACCUGCCACAUAGGAAGGGCAGCUGCCUUCAGCGAGGUAUGCCAGAGCCACUGAGCACAACUCCCCACUAAGCACUGGUCCUGAGAGGCCAUCACAGAUCAGAGAAGCCUAAACCUCGAUCCUGGCCACUUUGCCAACACACAGUCAAGGCCUGGUCCUCAGAGUCACUCUGUGCUCACCUGGCCUUCUUCACUCCUACUCCAUCCCUGGGGACAGGGUGGGCCUCAGCCCUUUUCCAUUCAAGCUGAGUGUGGUGCCCCAGACCCUUACAACCCAAAUAAAGAAGACCUCAUGGUGGAGUGUGGGUCAAAGUACACACUGGCAGCACCUAGGUUCCCUAGGCCACAGGGUUCCCAUCACAGAGCAGGCUGGCCAUGGAUGACCCAGUAUGCCUGGCUUUGAGUGGAAUGUCACAUGUAGCAAAUGACAGGCUCUCAGGAAGGAAGCCAGCCAUGGGUAGAGAUAAGGCUUUUCUCUUAGAAAAUAUUUUCAUAGUGUUUUCAUAAUUCCCUCCUUAGCCUGUGUUUAGCUGCAUGGUGACAGAAAUCAGGUGAUGGGCUGGGCUGUGAGCCCUGCGGUACUCACUCUGCUAAGUCCCUAGACUCACAGGGGGCCUUCCCUUCCAGUGUGGACAGUUGGCAGCCAGGCCCUUACUGUUAAACCACUUAUUAAGACACAUUUCCCGGGGCUAGGGUUCCACUGAGCUGGAGGGCACCGACAGAGAUGAGGGAGGGGUGCCAGGGGAGCAGAUGUUGAUGCCAGUAUCUUCCACCAUGGCUCUCUCAGAGGGAGAUGGUAGGGAUAGUUUUCUAUUCCUCUCCACUCUUUUUAAAUAUGCAUUUGUUUAUUAUUACUGCAUGUAUGUGGUGGGGCAGGGGCUGCAUGGCACAGUGCUUAUGUGGACGUUAGCGGAUAACUUUAUGCAGUGGGCUUUCCCCUGCCUGUGGAGGUUCCAGGGACUGAACUUGGAUUGUCAGGCUCCUGCGGCAAACACCUUAGUUACUGAGACACCUUGCCAGCUCCAUGACUUUUGUUCUGUUUUAGUGAUUCUGGGACUUGAACCCCUGAUCUUGGUUGGGCUUGUGAGGCUUUGUGGUUGGCCCUUGCUACCUACUUUCUAAGACAGGGUCUCUGACUGAACCAGAGCUCAUAGCUUGGCUCCAGGUUGGCGGUGAGUUCUGGGGAUGUGCCUGCCCUGCAGAGCCCCUACCACUGAGCAAGCAUUGCAGACAGUCACCCUCCCUGCUGGCUUCCACAUGUGUGCCGGGAGCUGAGCCCAUACUCACCAGCCAGCUCUCGGCCCUCUUGUGGAACUUUCUGAGGUCUGUACCACUUGCCUUCCAAAGUUCCAUCUCUCCUGAUCCUCCACAGUCCUCCUCCCUGCUUCAGGAAUUACUGUGGCAGGGUACCUGUGUGGCAAACAGAGGACAUCUUUUGUAGAGUGAGUUCUCUCCUUCCACCUUUCCGAGGGCUCCAAGUAUCAAAGUCAGGUCUUCAAGCUGCAUGGCAAGUUCUUACCCAUCUUUUUAGCCCCUUGGCUCAUUUUUCAAAACUAGGUUGUGUAUUUCCUUGUUACUGGAUUUCAGGAGUCUUUGUAUAGCUGGACACACAACAUUUAUCAGCCAUAAACCAUGCUAUGUUCUCCUAGGCCAGGCUUUUUAGGAAAAGUAUCAGCCUAGGGCCCCCAAGACCAAGUUCUCAGUGCCAAGGAGAUUGAUUUGCCCCAGAGGGACAGAAGGCAAGGAAUUAGAGACAAAGACAGGAGAUAGAAGAUAAGGGAGAAGGGGAAAGGAGGUGAAGGAGGGGUAUUUGUCCUGGAGGACAAAAGGACUGUCUCUGGAUAGAGAAGAGACAGCCACAGUCAAUAAGCAAAUGGUACAAGAGGAAAACCUGUAUUAGGAUGAGGUGUAAUUGGACUUGUUCAAGUGAAUUUAAGGGGGCUUUUGAUUGCUGGAUUUCCGUACUUUGAUAGCUGGGCCUUGGUAGUCAGCCUCAGAAGGAGAAAGUGGCCAAAUGGGGAAAUAGGCCUUAGUAGCCAGCUUCAGGAAUGUAAUCUAACAGUUUUUUAGCAAGACAGAGGAGAUGGGAGAGAAGGGCAAGGCCUGCCUGAGUCAUGUUCACUACACACUUGAGCUGGCCAGAGUCCCUUCAACAUUUGUCUUUUUCAUUCUCUGAAAGCAUUUAGGAAGAGCAGAAGUUCUAACUUUGGAUAGUUCAUCAGUCCUUUGUUUGUGCAGUGUGCAUCUGGUGUUAGAUAUAAGGAGGAUUUCUCUCCAUGCUUUUCUUCUAGGAGUUCUAUUGUGUACAUUUUACAGGUCUCAUCCAUUGGAGUUGACUUUCAGAUCUGAUACUAAGCAUGUUUUGAAAUUCUCUCAUGCACCUAUAGAGGGCUGGGGAUGUGGCUCAGACCGAAAAGUAUUUUUGCCUAGCACGCACAAAGCCCUGGGUUCUGUCCUAAUACCAUAUAAACCUGGUAUGCUGGUACAUGCCUGUAAUCCCAGUGUUCCAGAGUGGACAGGAGGAUCAAAGCCUCCCUUAGCUACUUAGAGAGUUUAAGGCCAGCCUGGACUUCAUGCGUGUCUCAAAAAAUGUGUGUGAGGUGCACACAUACUUUCAUGUGUCCUGGUACAGUGACAUUGCUUAGAAAAUACUGAGUUACCUUUGUGCUUUGGCCAUGAACCUGAGUCAGCCUCAGGGUGAGCCACCACCACCCCUCUAUCUGUGCUUGUUACUGCUUCAUCCUUGCCCAGCUAGUCAAUUUUUUU